AUGCGUCUGAGAAGCGGGGCGGAAAGUCACACGACCACCAUGCAAGAGCAGACGGGCUCCGAACAACUCAAUGGCAGCCACGAAGUCAAGAAGCCUGGUAGCUUUUUUCGACUCAAUUGAGAAGUCUUUUCAAACUAAUAAUGGUAAAUCGAGUGGCCGGGCACAGGAGAACUAAGAACAAGGAAAACGCAUAAAUAUAUAUGAGAAGCUUUGUCGUUUCAAUUGAUCGAAGAAAGUCGAGUUUUGAAUGAAUAUAGUAUGAACCCAACAGAAAGUGCCAAUUUAUUGAUGAAAUCAAGUGGAAUUUUUUAUGAGAAACAUUCUCAAAAAUGCUUUUCAAUGGAAUUUGCAGGGCCAGUUGGUUACGAGGACGUCGGUUUCGACGCGGGCCAGACUGAGAAAGACGGAAUAAAGGACGGGCAGAAGACCAGUCUUAUUGACAAACUGAUGUCGGACGGCGGAAACACAAAAAAAUCGAUUAUGAUGGACCAAGAACAGACACAGGUGGCCGAAGACUUUGCUGGUAGACUCGAGAGCCGAGCCCGUGAGUUAUUCUUUUUCUCUUGUGCCUCAGUGUUAAAUAGAACGUUUGAUUUCGUCGAGUUUUUUUUCCCCUCUAAAAAAAACUUUCAUCAAAAGUCAUUUCAAAACCCGCUCCGAGAGAAUUCAAUCCAUUUCAAUCAAAAAUCGACAUGUUUCUAUUAAUUGUUCUUUUUUUUUGCGUUCUUCCUCUUUUUUUUUCAUUUUCGAAAGAAAACGCUCUAGUAAAGAGAUUUCUGCCUCAAAGGCUUAACACGCAUUCUCCAAGAAAAUCGAACAAAUGCGAAAAAGUUUGGUACAAAAAUUUCAUCUUUGUUCCUGAGAGCUCUCCUUGCUAUCAUAGAUAGUGAACAACCUCUUGAAUAUUUAGAACCAGGUUUUAUUAGGCUCCACCCACUUUCAGGCUUACUGUAGAAAAAACACCGUAAAAACCAAACUUUUUUCCUAGUGGAGCAAAUUGGUCCAAACUAAUUUUAAAACAAAAUAUGUUCUCUUUUGACCAUUUAUAGUUAUAGAACUGACCCUGGAAAAAAAUUUUUUUCUUUCAGAAGAAAAAAAUUCAAGUUUUUUUGAAAAAGGACGAUUUUUCGCAGUCUUUGAGUCAUAACUAGUACUAGAACCCCCGUUCUAGUAUUAUUUUGGACCAAUUUGCUCCACUAGGAAAAAAGUUUGGUUUUUCGGUGUUUUUUCUACAGUAACCCUGAAAGUGGGCGGAGCCUAAUAAAACCUGGUUCUAAAUAUUCAAGAGGUUGUUCACUAUCUAUGAUAGUAAGGAGAGCUCUCAAGAACAAAGAUGAAAUUUUUGUACCAACGGUUAAUCGAAAUUCUCGGAGAACGUGUGUUAAAGGUAGUAAAAAACGGGAUUCGAGGUGAAAACAGUACCUUGUAGAGCUUUUAAUUCCGAACCGAACAUUGUAAUUGAAAAAUCACAGAUACAAGUUCUGAAGAAGGCCUCCCUCCUUAAGGAGGAUUCGAAAAUGCUAUGUGGGUGGCUCGCUCUCUAAUUGGUUUAUUGCGCCUUCAGGGGGCGGAGCUUGAGCGAGGACUUUGAAUAUGAACAGACUAUAGCCGGAUAUAUGCUUCUAAUCAUAUUUUUUGUCUGGAAAGAAAUUUAGCCGAACAAAAAAACACCGGUGGUACAGAAAACGCGAAAUAUCGACUUUCCAAUUGAAAUAUGUAUACAAACAUCGUUUUUAAUUCGAAAAGCAUUUUGCGGAUUUGAAUUUUUCAUAACGGAAAAAACUGUCGUGACAGCGCCGAAGAGAGAUUACACGUUUAUCAAACCCCAUCUUUUCAUCUCGGCCUUCAUAUUUUUUUGAAAUAGCAGUUCAGACUGAAAAUCCAUGAAAUUAAUGAAAAUCACACACAAAAAAUUCGAAAGAUUCUUCUUUUUCAUUAUGAAUAUUUUCAAUUGCAGGAGCAGACAUCCACCAAUUUAUAGUGCCUCAACGGUUGGAAAUGGUGCAGAAAGCUCCGAAAGAUCCUGAAGAAUUUUUGAAAAGUUUUUGUUAUUUUCAUGGGUAAGAAGUUUCCGAUCGAAUAUCUCAUUGAAAUCGAUUCUUUCCAGCUUUUUGCCAGAGUUCGAAACUAGGAGGUUCCUUCGGAGAGCCGGAGACUUUCUUGUGCGGAAAACGGAGGGUUCGAGAGAAAAGACGUGCCAACCAUCUAUUAUGAAUUUUCAGAAGAAGGCGAAUUAUUCACUUUAAUAUCCGUCGGCGUUAUGCUGGAUCAUAAACGUGAUAUGUCGGAAAGUAAUUUUUUUUUCAAUCAUUAAUAAUCUUAAUUUCAUCCGAUUCAACUGAGUAGAAUUAUUUAAUUUUUGAACGAAAAAGAGCAGAAUAGUUUCAAGCUCGAACGUUUUCGACCGCAUUUCUAUCACAACGAAUCUUGAAACAUUUGAAUGUUUAUAAUAUGUAUCGAAAUUAUAAUUAUUUCUUAUAAAUCUUUAUCUCAUCCAACUUUACAGGCCUGGGCGAAAACUACGGCAAAGAUGAACCGAUAAGAAUAAUGGACUAUGCAGUCCGUCGUGUCGAGAAAGGGAUAUCAAUCGAGCACGAGCACGUGUUUGUAUGCCUGAAAGACUUGCUGAUAUUCUACAUGCUCAACCCUCGGAAGGUAAUGCAAAGUUGGACUCGAAAAUAAUCUCACUUCAGCUAUCGCUCAACAUCCAACUCAAGCGUGGCUGCCCAACUCGUGUGUUCCAAUUCAGAGAACGCCAUAUCUCCCGCCUCAAAACGGUCAGUAAUGAAAAGUCAAAAAUUAAUCCUUCGUCAGAAGUAUAAAGAAAACAAACAAUAAUCAACUAUGAAUAGCAGUGGAUUUUUCCCAAACCGAUAGAAUUGAUACCAUCGUUUUUUGAAUUGAAGUAAAACUCCUUGGCUUAAUUUUUUUUUAAAUCAAGACUUCCUAACAAACUUACCAGAGUCGUUAACAAAAGAAGUCAUUUUACAAAAUUUUACAAAUUUGCUCAAACACUCUCUGAAUGUCUAGAUGAAGAUAGUCGCCUCCUGCGCAAAUUUCUAGUUUUUGAGAUAUAGUUUUUUAAAGUUGCGAAAUAUAAAUUUCAAGCAGAAAAAUCGAAAAGUAAAAUGACUUUCCGUGUGAGAAUAGAGCAAAACCCACCAAAACGCGGCUUAAAAUAGGCAAAAAAGAGCGUUCCGCUAUAAGAAAUCUUCAUGUAAACCGGAAAUGAAAGCUUGUGUUGAAAUAAUAUUCUAGAACAGUCUAUUCAGCUCGGCAGCGGAAACUUUGGUGAAGUCUACUUAGCCAAUGUGAAUUCGUUCGGAAUGAUUGGCCAGAAGGCCGCCGUGAAGAGUGUGAGUUCUAUUGAAAAAGUAUCAUCCAAAAAACAACUUUCCUCUUGCAGCUGAAGAAGGAUUCUCCCAACUUCAGCGAGAGAAGCGAGAGCUUCAUGGAGGAAGCGCGUCUGAUGUUGACGCUCCACCACCCACACGUCGUAAAAACGUUCGGCUGGAUGUUGGAUGUGCAGCCGUUCAUGAUCGUAAUGGAGUACAUGGAAGGUGAGAGAUUCCAAUGAAAAAGCCUUCUAUGAUCCGGCUAUCACAGAACAGAAAUUAGAAAAAAGCAGCUAAUUUUUAAGCCUCAACUGUUCAUUUUCCACAAGCUUUUUCUCGGUACUUCAUCAAUUUUACCAGAUAAUCUUCCUUGUUUCCAAGCUGAACUAGGUCUAUAAAACACCGAAGUUUGAACUAGAUCCGGAAUACGAGUUCGCGUUGUUCCCUAGUAAGGAAACUAGGAAUUUUUUUCAAAUUCGUUUAAUUACCUUUCUACUUUGAAUGUUAUGACUUUUUCCAACUUCCAAAAAAAGAAAAAUCAAUCUUUCAAGCAAAAUUUUAAAAAAAACAUGAAAUUAAAUUAUCAAUUUUAAGUAGGUGGACCGGAAAUUUUUCAUUAUUUUCAUUCGUUUCGAUCAACUCGCGAAAUGAAUUCACUUCGUAAUUUAGAAUUUUUUGAAGAUUAACCAGAAAAAUAUUCGAUUACUGAUUUUUUGGAGGAAAUGAAAUCGGCGUGAUAAGAUUGAAUUAGCUUUUUUUUAUAUCCAAAUUAAUCCUGCGCAUUUUGCAGGAGGAUCUCUGGAGACCUAUCUCUUGAAGAGUUCUGAGGAGCCGAACGUCGCACUUCUGCUGAAAUAUGGCCUCGAGGCAGCCGAGGGACUCGCAUAUCUUCACCAGAUCAACAUCAUCCACAGGGAUGUGGCCGCACGUAACUGCCUUCUGACCGCCGACCACAAAGUAUGAGCUAUAUUAUCAACAGUAUAGUUCCUUAGUUGAAAGGCGGAGAUGUGGGCGGGAGAUGUCAUGCAAAAUGAUCUCUGACUCUCCAAAAUUUAGUGAUCUUUUCCUUUCUCUAACGGGUAUUUUGAAUUUCGCGGAAUCAAAUUGAACACGGCAUGAACUCGUGCCAAGAACCGCGUACGCACACGCUACGCAUCUCGCCCACUUCUCCGCCUCCCUCGCCUUUCAAGCCGAGAAAAAUGUAUUGAACAAGAUUUUUAAAGCUCAAAUUGGGCGAUUUCGGCCUCGCAGUGCCCGGCCCUCUGUAUUACAUGCUGAAAGGGGAGACGUUACCGACGAGGUAUCUCAGCCCGGAAACGUUGGCCAUUUUCCUCUUCCUUCAUGCAUCAGACACGUUCGCUUUCGGAGUGAGUUAAUUGAUUCCUCAAGGAGAAAAUAAUUAGUAUUUCAGAAUUUGCUCUUCGAAAUCUUUUCCAACGGCCUGAUGCCGUUCGAAAACCUAACUUCGGCUGAAGCAAGACAGAAAGUUGGUUUAACUCUGUGAAAGGAUACAAUUUCAAUUCUCUAACAUUCUUGAGUGGCAACUUCCGAAUAAGCCGUGAAGAAGUAGGAUCAUUGUCUUGACACCUAGUCUUUUAAAAAUAUCAAAAAAAAAGAAACAUACUUGAUUACCCAGGAAGCCCGAAAAACAGAUUUUUUGGAGUUUUUUAAGAAACAGAUUUCUUUUCAUAAAAAAUGAGAAUCUGGUGCAACUUCACUGAGCCGAAAAAUCAAAAUUUUUUUUAUCGGAAAAAUCUUUGAAUUGAGAUCAUGGAGGGGGAACUCAACGAUCUAGAGGACACAUGUGCUCCUCCACCUCUUCGUCAGUUUAUAAACGAAAACUUGUGGACCUACGAGAUGAAGUCCAGGGCUCAAAUGGAUAAGGUUUCUCUUAUUCACUCUUUUCAAUCUGACAAGAAAUAUUUAGGUGGUUGCGUUCCUCAAGAAAACGUACCGAGAAUUGAAAAGAGUCAGUUUAUAUCCAAAAAUUAUUUUUUGAUCGGGAAAAUUUGCAGGAGCAAGGAGGCCCGAAGACAGGCACAAUCGAAACGGAAGAAAUCACGGUGAGAUUACAAAACCGAAAUUUUUUCAGUUUCGCAAUAAAUUGUAUUGCAAAAUGUACAAAAAAAAAACCCAUUUCACAAGUUCAAAUUCGAACAGUAAAGAAAAACCAGUGUCGGCGUUGGAAGAAAGUGUUAUAUAGCCGGAGAUUUUGUAGUUUUGUAGCAGCAUGACAGAGUUUUCUAAAAUUCGCAUCUUCUCAAGAAAUUUAGGGAAAAGACGAGGCAGGACUUCCGAAGAAGGGAAAGCUGCGUCGACGCGUGCCGCCUAAACGCCAGGUCAAUCUCUCCUUUUCUGACUCCAUAUUGAACCUUUUUAGGAGCUCAUGGAGGAACUGUGUCCGACUCAGGAAAACUCCACCAACAUUGAGUGA